AUGAUCCCGGCGGCGGCAGGCGGCGGCGGUGACGAUCGGUGCUCGGUGCUGCAGGGUCUCCUCCGGGUCUUGUUCACGAGAGAGCUCGGGAAUGUGCUAUCACAAAGCACAGAAAACAGGAUGCUGACCUCACCAAAUCUUUUUCAGAUUUCCCCUUCUCUGGGCAAACAUCAAGAGGACGCUGAAGACUUCAUGGCCGAAAGCGAGGACUUCAGACGCUGGGAAGAAAAGAGGCGAGAUGUCAAAAGGGCAGAGAUCCGGCUCAGUCGUGGGCUGCGGAGUUUGGAAGAAGCCCGGGUGUCCUAUUUGAAUUCAAUGACCAAGGAACAGAGGCGACUCCAGCAAGAACUCCAGAAAAUGCAGAAAAGCCACUCCCAGCAGAAGUUAUCCCUGGGUACUGGACGUGCCAGCAUGAACAUGACAUUCCCUCUACUAUCCCAUCAGACGAGGUGGGAUAACAGCUCCAGAGAUGCGGCAGGACGAAGCAUGAGGAAAAUCAAGCCAGGAGGCCCCUCAGGUACAAGCCAGUCUCCAUCACAUCCACACAGCAACAAUGUCACAGGCUAUGAAGAAGGUGGAGAUGGGCAUUUGCCACCACUGAAGACCAGAGACCAAACUUCUGUAGCUGACAGUGAAGUGACUGCUCUUAAUACUAUCGCCAAGCAGCUGCACAUCUCGGCAGAAACUACAGAGGGAAAAGAGCCCGACAGCAGACAGGACCAAGGGAAAGGGCUCACAACAGAAGAGACUAGAGAUGCUGCUGGACCUAAGUACCCUAGAACUAAGUUUAUGAACCCCCCAGUGAAGCGGAAACCUUCUCUAGUUCAUGAGAGGCUGAUUCUAGAUGCAGAGGCCUAUGCCGCAGAUGGACACCUCAGAACCAUGUAUUUUAGACCUGAUUUCCUCAAGGCCUAUGCUGAAGCUCGGAAAUUCCGUUAUAUUCGGCACAAGAACAUUCCUGUUUGGGAAAAGGAACUCAGCCUCCAGGAGAUAUUUGGGCACAAAACCCCCACUGAGCAUUCUCCACAGCCACAGGCAGUGAUUAAUCCUAAAACCUAA